UUCAUUUUAAAUAUCAUCACGUUUAUUUAUCUUUCACAUGAUCCCUCCUUCACCGCUAGGAAUUUAGCGAGACUGCAGGUUAGGCAACCACCUCCAACUCGAUUCCACCCCUUCGAACUGCUAUCCCAAAUAUGCUAUCGAAACUAUGGAGAUUAAAGCGUAGCAGUCCAAAGAAGCUAGAUCUACUUCCCAAAAGAGCACCUCUUCAAGAACAGUCGAUGCCCGAUCAUGGGUUGCUCAAAACACCGACCCCAGCCAAUGAAGAAGUUCUCUCAACAUCCGAACUCUUAACCCUCAUAUUCUCCUACCUCCCACCAUCCACCCUUAUUCUGUCCGUAAAAAGAGUCUGUAGAACAUGGUAUGGCGUCAUCUCCAACCCAUCCUUCGAUCUCCAAGUCUCCCUCUUUCUUCGGCCUGAUUCCUCUCUCUUCACAACUCCCACGACGAACGACCUCCUCAAAUCAGCAUUUCCUUUCUGGUUGCUACACAAAAGCCAGUUGCCAAGACCAGGCAUGUGCAGCUGCAGUCCGAACAAAUGUGGUACAUGGAGCACUGCAACAUCCACGACCAUCCUCCCUUGGAAGCGAAAUCCUUCAGCCUGGCAACGAAACACUCAUUUUUGGAGGGAAAUGCUAGUUACCCAGCCACCGCACCGGCAGCUCGAAUUUUGGAAGAUUACCGGUUUCAAAAGCGAUGAGCCUCGACGAAGAAACAGAACACAUUUCGUUGUGGAUUGUCCAGGGGGGGUGACGAUUGGGAUAUUGUAUGACAUUGUAGAGGGAUGGAUUCGAGAGGCAAAAGACAAAACAUAUAUCUCUGAGUACAGGGAGAAGACGAUGCAGCAUGAGAAUGCAUGGGAAGACUUCGAUGCCAGAUAUAGGGGACAAUGGGAUCGGAAGGAAUUUUAUUUAUGUGAUAACUGGGAGGAGAGGUCACACUUGAUAUUUUUGCACUUGGAUCUUGAUCGCUAUUCCUUGACUCAAGUUUGAUUAUCUAUGGCAGCCAUUAGGCUAUGAUUAACAAUGAGAAGUCAUGAGAGGCUCCUUCAGCUGAUUUUAGCAUAUAA